UCACUGAAAACACUACAGGUGGCGCUGUGCUCGCUUGCAAGCGCGUCAUUUCGAAGGAAAAGGAAAUUUGUUUACAUUUGGGAAAUCUUUUCUGCAAAAAUGUCUGCUGUUUACGAUUAUUUAAGAGCUUUGGCAGUUGUAGUUGCAUUUGUUGCAGCUAAACAAAGUAUAAAAUCGGCCUUGUCUUUUGACUUGUAUCUAUCAGCAUGGCUGGGAACAGGGUGCUUUCUUUUCCCCCGAUUUGUAGCUUCUAAACGGGAUCUGGAGAAUGGUCCUUGGGAUGAUACUGUACAACCUGAAAUCCCAUCUCACAGUAGAGAUGAAACAGUCCUUGGAAGCAUUAUACUGUCAAAGGCCUUGGGAUUUCUACCUCUUCUGUUUGCCUCUGUAUAUAUCUUUGUGAUGAAUCAGACAAUCUUUCACCACUCUGCUUUCUGCUUCGUCCUGACAAUCUUCUCUGGGAUCUGGUUAAUCAAUGUGGCUCUGCUGUACGAGACCCGCCCCGCGGUGGGUCGGAGGGAACAGAAAGGACCCGUCAAUGUGGUGUUCAGACUCAUGUUCCUGGUCUUCCUCCUCCACGGCCUGGCAGACCUAGCCUUCCCUGAGACUAUGGCUUCCCUCAUGAAAGUGACGAGUUCUCCAGCUAUGAAAUUCUUGAUACAAUCUAUCGGCGCUCUCCUGAUCAGUAACAUCUUCACGGCCUGGUUUGCCCCAUGCUUCCUUAGAAAGGAGGAUCGAAAAAGCUUUAUUGACAGUCAGCUUCUGUAUGCGGUGUUGGUGGCUGUGGCCUCGGGGUGCUACUGCUACCAGAAGAAGACAGACACCAGUGCCUCUCUCCUGUUUGUGGCCCACUCUCUGCUUGGUAUGGUUCUACCUGCUGUAGGCUUUGUCCUCAUGAACAGAGAAGACCAUGUGAUCACCAAUACCCACUACCUGCGCUCCAAAAGGAACUAAAAUCUCAUCACCAGAAACAUUUACAUUUGUAUAAAUGCACUGAUGUAUUUUUUAAGCCAAUUUUUUCAUAAUGAAUUUUAAUACUCUUAGUAUAUUUUUGCUCAUAGUCCUAUUAUUCUAUAGGUGUUGUAUUAUUUUUAAAGGGUAUACAACUAUAAAAUCAGUAUUUAAUCACAACAUUAUUAAUCUUAGAUCUGCUUCUUUUGUACUGUAGAAGUAUUUUUUCCAUGUGAAAUUAAUUUAUGCUCUGUACUUGUUGACAAAUUUUAAAAUUACAUAUAGGGUAUAUAGGGGCAAUUUAAGAAAUCCGUGUAAUUUUCUAUGCACUGUAUGAACAGAAAUAGUGAUUUAGUGGUAUUACAACUGUGUGGAAAAAGUACUUUAACAGUAUUAAUACUUGUAAUCUCAUGUAGUUAAGUGGAAUGUAUUUUACGGUGUAUGAAAUUAGUUGGUUUUAAGUUGAAAGUAAUGUAUGUUUUUCUUGAAAAUUUUAUAUUUGGCAUCAGAUCUCAAAUUGAUGUUUUUUUCUAAGGUUGAAGUUCAUGCUAUUGAAUAGUGAAUUAAUAGUGCUAAGCUAUUGGAUUGUCUCCCUUACAUUUUGAGUUGGCAGUUUUAUCUAUAUGUCACUGUGCCUUUGUUUUAGGAGUAUUCAUGUUUGGCCUGCUGAGUUUUUAGUUUAAUGUUGUAAUUUGAGUUCACACAACUGUAUAGAAUUGUAUAUAAGCAUUGACAGCUUAUAGGCAGCAGAAUCCCACCAGCAGCAGGGACUCGUGUACAGUCAGGACUUCUUCAGAAGAGUUUUGUGUGUCUUGCAAAAUUAUUUUAGCAUUGGGCAAUACCAAAAUAAAAUUAUUAACUGUGUUCUCAA